AUGAAGCGGUUCCUAUUAACUCCAGUGGCUGUAGACCCGACGUGUGGCCCAUGCGGCGCGUACGUGACGGAGCCCCUUGCGCCGUUUCGUCGACACGCGUUAGUGCAGUAUCUUCGCACGGUUCUACCCGAUGCGUUAGCCUUGGACUGUAAAGUAGACAAUGCGGACGACGAAGAUGUGGUCCGAAACCCGUGGAGACGUCGUGUACGUAUCGUUGCAGCGCGUUGUAGACGUCAGAGACGGGCGUUGGUGCUGGCCGACGAGCAGCUCGCAGACGACGAGAUACGCGAGCGGAACCUCAGUUUGAUUGGCUUUACAGCAGUGCUGGACGUCAUUGUGGCCGCUAGGAAGCCCAUCGUAGGACACAACAUGCUCCUCGACCUCAUGCAGUGCUACGAGAAGUUCCACGGACCGCUACCAGGUCGCUGCUCGGAGUUCCAACGCGAGUUACACACGUGGCUGGGUGCCGGUGGUGGCGUAUUUGAUACCAAGACCCUUGUAGACUACGCGAUGCAGAAGGUGGACUCGUUCGCUACUCAUUUGGCGCAUACGGCGCUCGAGAACUGCUACGAAGUGCUGUCCAAACAUCCUUUCUACGGCCCAGAAGUGCAGUGCGUGCGUAGUGUGGACACUGCACGUGACGAACAAGUGGGGGCGUCUCAGCCACCGCUUCAAGCACAUCAAGCAGGUUACGACGCCUUCAUGACGGGAUUUGUCUUCCUUCGUGUCUGCUCUGGCCUUGGGGUGUCCAACGAGUGCAUCGCUGCCUUGGGGAAGACCUCGCAGUGUCUGGAGAGUAGCUCAAAGCGCUCGGAUGCUCUAGAAAACCUACGCAACGUGUUGUUUGUGAGCCACUUUCUACCGACGUACGUGUUGGAUCUCCCAGGUCCAUAUCCGAAGCCUACUCCCACACCAUCGCGCUCUCGGUUUGUCCGGAUGAAGUUGACGCGAACGCGUGCGCCUAUUGCUCCAGGUGCAACUCCUUUGCCGAAUACGGGCAACAAUUCUUGUCCAGUAUUGAAGACGUUCCACAUCAAGCAUUGUGUCGGAUGGGCUCUAAACUUGCAGUCGGCGACGAGACUCGUGAACGUGCAUUGGGAAGGACAGCAGUGCGUGUACGUCGAGUUACCGACUGCCGAAGCUGCGGAGCAAUUACUGACUGUACGCGCUCAAACGAGCGAGUGCUGGGGCUCUGCGACCGACCCCAUGCCGUCGAUCGGGUGCGUCGACUUGGAACGAUGCCCCGCAGCAUACGACUGCGCGGAGACGGAGGCGACCGCGACGAUUUCGGGGCCGCCACCGCUCGCGCAGCAGUCGGCAAGCGACGACGACAAAGCCGGCAGGAAACGUAAGAGCUGUGAGAUGGCGUAGCGACGAUGGUGUACAGUACUUGCAUGACUCUGCUUGCCAUCGUAUGUGUACAUACUUGGCAUUGUGUCAAAUGU